CUAUUGUGGUCACGUGACACGUGCCGGCCAACAACGUGCUUUGGCGCGUGGUUCUGCUCGUGCGCUCGCGGGCGCGUUCGGCUUUUGGAAUGAACGCAACGAACGCAGUAGGCCGACUGCGACUGUAUGCCAGGUUAGCCCAGGCCACCCAGGCCGGCACUCGACGUCAACUCAGUGAUACACGGGUAUUUUCCUCGGACAACGCGCCCGGUUCGAGCGAUGGGCUGAGUAACACGGCUGACCCCACGGAGUCGAGCGCCGCUUCUCUUGCAGGUAUCAUGGAUCCUGCGAGCGUCCUGGCUGCUUUGGAUCCCCUUCUCAUGAAACACUGCGGAACGGGGCAUUGUGCGGCGAGUUGCAAGGUUUCUAGGGAUGGCCAGGAGCUCUGGAGAGCUCGAGUCUCUGUGCCGUGGCCCAAGGAAAUGGCCUUCGAAGCCGAGGCGUCAUCCAAGAAAGGGUCGCUGUUGUUGGCGAGUGCCCAAAUGUGCUCUGCCCUGCAGGAGCUGGGGAUCUUAGAUUCCAAGAUCUUGAAACAAGAGCCACCACACGAAGCGGCAGGUGAACCCUGUCCUGCCAGACCUAAACCCUACGUUGUCACACAGCCCUGUAGUCCAGGCCAAGCGUGUGCUUUAACUCCUUCAACAACAUUUGCUGACCAGCUGUCCAGCACACACGCGCAGAUGGCGAGAAGAAACCUCACGACUCCUAGCCAGAGACUGAAGUCAUGGACCGAGAAGAGAGAACUGAGCCGAGCCAAGUCGAUAGUGCACAACAUUUACGCCUACGUCUGCAAGCUGAAAGAAGACAGAAGCCUGAUGGCAUCUUACAACUCAAAUGUGGAACAGGGCAAGGUUUCUCUCUGGACAUCGACGGUCACCGUGAAGUGGCCAUGCGAGCUGGCGUUCAAGGGCAGUGCCCGGAACAAGGCUGAGGCAGAGGCAUUGGCCGCUGCAGCUCUCGUGCAGUACCUCGUUGAGAAAGGACACGUUGACAAAGAUCUAAGCCCGAAGACCAUUUCGGACCAGGAGGUCCGGCGCCAGAAGAGGCAGCGAUUUGCCCCAGUACCCGUGGUGCUGCCAGAAACCUUCAUUCCCGACAUGCAGGAGAUACUCGCGGAAUUCGAGACUGUUGUAGCCAAUGCCCCACACCUCCCUGACGACGAAAUCGAAGAGCAGGCAGCUGGCGGUGACAUGGUGCCUGACAAUGCGGGCUCUGGAGAAAAAAUUGUGCACGACAUCAUGACAGGACAUCUGCUCAGGCCAUCGAGUCAGGCCUGUGGCCGGAGAGACCUUACGCUCAUGGCCAAGCUCGAAAAGUCUUGGAACUACUUGUACCAUCGAGCAAGACGGGAGCUUCCGAUAUUUUCACGCAGGGAGGACAUUAUGAAUGCCAUCCACCGCGAACGCGUGGUGGUGAUCUGUGGCGAGACUGGAUCUGGGAAGACCACACAGGUUCCCCAGUUCAUCUUUGAGGACUACAUUCGUGGAGGGCAAGGCUCGAGGUGCAAUAUUGUGGUCACCCAGCCAAGGAGGAUUGCAACAAUCUCCAUGGCAAAGCGGGUGGCUCUAGAACGGGAUGAAGAGCUGACUGACACUAUAGGCUUCCAAGUGCGCCUCAAGAAGCAGCUCCUGGCGAGUCGUGGAGGCAUUCUUUUCUGCACUGUGGGCAUCCUGCUGCGGCACUUACAGCAGAACGUCAGACUUCAAGGAGUGUCACACGUCAUCGUUGACGAGGUUCACGAACGUGACGUCUGCACUGACUUCCUGCUUGUGCUCCUUCGGGAGGUGCUUUCCAUAAACCAUGAACUGAAGGUUAUUCUGAUGAGUGCAACUAUCGACACAGAGAAGUUUUCAGAGUACUUUGACAACGCGCCCAUCAUCAAGAUUGCGGGCAAGACACAUCCUGUGACGCAGUUCUUUCUAGAAGACCUGGUGUCAGAAGAAAUCGUGACUGCAGAAGCAUUACAGAAGUACGGUUCUGACCCGAUCCGGUUGGUUCCCGAUGUUCUGACAUACAUCAUGGAGAUGAAGCCACCCGGAGCGAUUCUCUGCUUCCUGCCCGGGUGGAAUGAGAUUAACAAAGUGCGAGGCGAGCUUUGCAAGCGCGCCCCAGCAAAGUUUCAUGACUGGAUUCUUCCACUGCACUCCCGGCUCCGAUAUGAGGACCAGCAAAAGAUCUUCAAGACUCCUCCGGCAGAUGUACGUAAGGUAAUACUGGCCACGAACAUCGCCGAAACAUCCAUCACCGUCAACGAUGUGGUGUAUGUUGUUGACACUGGACUUCAGCGUGAGCAGCGUUUCAACCCAUCCACAGGCGUGAGCCUGCUCGGCACGUUCCCCACCUCGAAGGCCAGUGUGCAGCAGCGAGCAGGUCGUGCAGGUCGUGUGCGACCUGGUGAGUCAUACCAUCUCUACAUGAAAGGACAGCUACAGUCAUGGGAACAAUGUAAGCGGCCCGAAAUCCAGACGACUGACCUGACAAGAGUCGUUUUGGAUUGUAAGCUGUUCUGUCCAACCAUGUCAGUCGAGGAUGUGCUGUCUUUUGCGUUGGACCCACCAGCUCCAGAAAUGAUUGCGAAGGCCAUCAAGGACCUUCAGGUCAUGGGCCUGAUGGAUGCAAAUGCGGAGCUUACAGACCUGGGACACCACGUUGUCCAUUUCGCAACUGCACCCCAGUUGGCCAAGGCAACCAUCAUUGGGGCGUUGCUCGGGUGCCUGGACAGCGUGGUGUCGAUUGUUACUCUCCUGUCCGAGUCUUCUAACCUUUUUGCCACCAGAAAUGCAGAUGGAGCCCGUGGCAGCAGCCAGAAGAUGAAACUCUGCUAUGACAAGACUGGUACAAGUGAUCACUUCGCAUUGUCACAAAUUUUCUCCCACUGGAACCAGAUGAUGCCGGGGGCGGAGCAGCACUCCUUCUGCCAGCGCAACGAUCUCAACCCCUUCUGCUUAGAGCUCAGCAAAGGCAUGGGUGAAGAGCUUGUUCGCACUCUCCAGCGAGUGCUGGUAAAUAGUGGAGAGACCUCGCCCGAGCAGCCCAUCAAGAGGGAGUGGGGCCUAAACUUCAACAGCCGCCUCCAUCACAGGGAGCUGGCCUUAGCAGCCAUGACCGCCGGGCUCUACCCCAAUGUGCUUCGAGUGCUGCAGGGGAAGAUCAAGAAGAACCAGGUCAUCCGCGAGGGUGUUGAGUUUGCCUGCCUAGACCUGAAGCUGGCUGCAGUCUCGGAGGACUCCCUCCUGCACAGAGUGCCACCUCAGUACGAGCACCCAUGGCUGGCUUACUACAGUGCCUUGCAGCCUUCAGAGUACCAGCCGACGACUGUGUAUGACUGCAGCAUGAUCACGUCCCUCCACCUGCUGCUCUUUGCCGGUCUUGGGGUGCACAUCAUCGAGGACUACGUCUUCGAUGCACAUGCUAAGGCACCAUCGAAAACCGACCGGGGCUGCUUGCUCAUCGACGAGCAACGACUGCUGGCCUUCCGGUGCUCCGAGCGGGAUGCAGACCUCAUCUGGCGCUGGCGCCGGAUGCUGGACUACAUGCUCGACUUGCAUCUGUCCUUGAACCAGUCCGCCGAGUUGUGUUCUGAGGAGGCAUUCCUGCGGCGGGAACUCUGGCCGAGGAUUGUGGACGCCACGUCCAACCUCCUGUCUCGCCAUUCGACAGGGAAGCCAUGACACGGCACCUUCAUGUGUGGAAAUGACAGCAAGGUGGUGCUUCACCUGUCAGUGCAGUCACUGUUGGACCAAGAUUUUGCAUAUUUUUUUUUUUUGCUUUCCUGCUUUCGUUUCUCAUAUUUAAUUCAUUCAUUCAAUUCACCCCACUCCGUUGCAGUGUAUUACCUUAAAAAGAAGGGGGGAGGGUACUGUUUCACCAUGUUUUAGUCACUCCUCAAAAGGUUACAAUUCAUGAAUGAAAUUUUUUUGAAAAGUCGG